AUGUCUCAGCCCGGAGACGCAGACUGGAAUUGGUUCCCCAAUGUCAAGACGGCAUGGUCCCUCGACGUUGUGAACCUCCUCGUCGUUAUUGGCGAGUCCUCCAUAGCUGAACACUCCCAGGCAAUCACGGCCUCUCUUCCCGGCAUGCUGCCUCGAAUUCUACCCGCGCCUCAGGCUCUCCUGAAGCCGUCGCGCCCGGCGAGAAUGCCCGAGACGCAUGCCCGCAUGACAGGCGUGUACAGCGGCACGACGUUGGAGUCGGUCGGAUUCUUUGCAAACAUCAUUACCCCCCUAGAUCAACUCCCGGCCUUUAGCUUCAAGGUAUUGGAUAUUAGACAUGCCACCUACCCCGUGGACCGAGUGCCCAAGACACCUGGGCCUGGGUUGGCUGCCAUGAGAAGAAUGCUGCGACGACUUGAGGGCUCAAAGAGGCACAGAGACGUUGAAGAGAAAACCGCCGAACAAGGGGUGGAGUCAUCGCGUCGGGCUCAGGAUGAAGAAGCCGCCCCCAGAGGACAGCAAGACAAAUCUUCUCAUCAUGUCCGUCAGGAGGCCGCAGUCCAAGGAACCGACGAGACCCUCGCCGACACGGCAGGCCCCGACUGUCCACCUCGACGACGCUCUACCGCCCGCGAACGCGCGCAGGACCUCCUCACCUCCCCUACCGUUGCAGCAAGCGGCGACCGUCCUGCCGUGCCAGCUCAGCUCUUGUCCCCCAUCCAUAUCCUCUCUUUCUUCUCGUGCGCCCUUAGCAUCGUUAUUAUCAUCAUGGCUGCCAUCUACCAGGACGGCACGGCCAUCCUCGCUAUAACCCUAAUCUCGCUGGCCUCUACUGUUGUCGGCUACGCCUCUUUCUGGCGCCCUAUCCUCAUGAAGCGCCAGCACACUAAUGAAGUGCCCCGCGGGGACGUUCUUAUCCGCACCCGUGAGGGCGCCUUCGUCCUUGUCCGUUGCUCCGAGGACGUGGCACGGGAGCUGUACUCGGGCACCGAGGAAUGCGAGUACUACGUUGGCGGCAACACUUACCGUGCCCUCAUGGCCCUUGGCACCAUCAUCCUCAUGGUCAGCGUCGUUCUUCUAGGCAACUGCACGUGGACGCUCAAGGUCUUCAUCGGCGCCAGCUACAUCGUCCUCAACGGCCUCUACUGGGGCCUAGGCAUGAUUCCGCGCUCUUACUUCUGGGACCUGUCGCGCUAUGAGUGGCAGGACGUCACUCCCCACGACGCCGCGAGGGCACACCUCGUCACCAAUGAACGAGACCAGUGCGAGGGCUAUCCUUCCUUCACCAGGACGCUGUGGUACGCCAUCAGGGAAACCAAGUUGACGGGCUGGGUCGAACGGAGCGGCGCCGCCCCAGGCACCGACCAGUGGAAGAAGUGGCUCUGCGAAGCAGAACAGGCCGCUGUGAAGGGGAACAGGCAGUGGCCUGCUGUGGCCAGAAAGAACUGCAUUCUUAAGGAGAAUCUGAAGGCCGGCGAGGUGUUUGACCACGCGGCGCAGCAUGCGCCUGCCACCGAAGUCAGGCCGCCUCCUGAAUCCGGGCAUCGAUGGACAAAAGACGGCACAUUUUAG